UAUCGGACCGUCUGUGGUCAUGCUUAAUCGUAGCUCAACUUGAUCGGUCUGUGCCGGUGUAGAUCAUGUUGAUGGCCCCUCAUUGGUUUGUUCCUGAACUUAUGAUUGGCCUCCACUUUUUAAUCCUGCAUGAGGGGGUGGAGUCCCCUGAGAGAGGAGAGUGAAAAGCUCUUUACAAGACACCUUCAGCAAGAAGGCAAAGAAGCUUUCCUACAGCUAAUUUGUUUCUUAUAAAGAGUUACCUACUAUCCAAAAGAUGGCUGGCUCUUUCACACGUAUGAUCUCCGGACGCAACAGGGCUGUGCUGUUGGCCAGCCUGGGCGCGGGAACCAUGGCAACUGGUUUCCUGCUGAGUGAUAACUCCCUAGCUGCUGAGGUGAGGACGAAGCUGUACCCUCCCAGCUCUGACUUCCCCGACUUGAGGAAACACAACAACUGCAUGGCCAAGGCUCUGACCCCGGCCAUUUAUGGCAGACUGAGGGACAAGCUCACCCCCAACAACUGGACCCUGGACCAGUGCAUCCAAACCGGAGUGGACAACCCCGGACACCCUUUCAUCAAGACCGUGGGCUGUGUGGCCGGUGAUGAGGAGAGCUACGAGGUGUUUGCUGAACUCUUUGACCCCAUCAUCAAAGACAGGCACAACGGCUACGACCCCAGAACCAUGACUCACCCCACUGACCUGGAUUCUUCCAAGGUGUUUACACCACUGCAUGAUCCCUCCAUCCACCUGCUGUUCUUUAAUGUAUUCAAACUAUGUUUCUUUCUUGCCUGUUUCCUCAACCUCCAGAUAACCAACGGCGUGUUUGACGAGAACUACGUCCUGUCGUCCCGUGUCCGCACUGGGCGCAGUAUCCGUGGGCUGAGUCUUCCCCCGGCCUGCUCCAGGGCUGAGCGCCGUGAGGUGGAGCGGGUGGUGGUGAUGGCCCUUGCCGGCCUGAAGGGUGACCUGGCCGGACGCUAUUACGGCCUGGAAGACAUGACGGACAAGGAGCAGCAGCAGCUCAUUGAUGACCACUUCUUGUUUGACAAGCCUGUCUCUCCUCUGUUGACAUGUGCCUUUAUGGCCAGAGACUGGCCAGACGCCAGGGGCAUCUGGCACAACAAUGAGAAGACCUUCCUGAUCUGGGUGAAUGAGGAGGACCACACCAGAGUCAUCUCCAUGGAGAAGGGAGGCAACAUGAAGAGAGUGUUUGAUAGAUUCUGCAGAGGACUGAAACAGGUGGAACAGCUGAUCCAGGAGAGAGGCUGGGAGUUCAUGUGGAACGAGCGUCUGGGAUACAUCCUCACAUGUCCCUCCAACCUGGGAACAGGACUCAGGGCUGGUGUACAUGUUCGACUGCCAAAUCUCAGCCAGGACAAACGUUUCUCAAAGAUCCUUGACAACCUGCGGCUGCAGAAAAGAGGCACAGGUGGAGUGGACACAGCUGCUACUGGAGACACCUUCGACAUUUCCAACAAUGACCGUCUGGGCAAAUCUGAGGUGGAGCUUGUCCAGAUGUUGGUGGAUGGCGUCAACUACCUGAUUGAGUGUGAGAAGAAGCUGGAGAAGGGACAUGACAUCAAAGUCCCGUCUCCCAUCACUCAGUUCAGGAAGUAAAAAUCUGAACUCAUCGCAGCACCAGUGUUAGUGUGGGGGGGGGUCGGCUCUCUGCUCCGAGCUCCCUCCCAAACCUCAGAACGACGUCUGUCCACUGCUACAGAUGGUUUCUUUAUUUCUCCAACAAAGAUUGCAAAUCUUUAUAAUAACCUAAUCUUAGUCAUGGACUGCAGUUAGGGGGGAUUCUACCUCAAGUUUCAGGUCAUCACUGUAUUCCUGACUUCAAUAAAGACAACAGUAUUAAACA